GUUCACACACUUAUCGGAGCUUUUUAAAAAAAAUAACGUUUAUUUAUUUUAAACCGAACCGCCUCUGACCUUUAGCCGCAAAAAGCUUAUUGUCCAUGACAAUGAAGAAACGCCACCCGUUUACAUUUUCACCGUUGGCAAUUUUUAUUUUUUAAAAUGAAAUUCAAAUAAAUCCCGACAGGCCGCAAAUGGAUCCUCGAUACUCGCGUGACGGCGAGGGGAGCCCUCAAGUGAGCAGUGUCCGGGAAGAGACCCCGGGGAAGGAGGCGACGGGGGGCGCAGUGAGCGGCGGCGUCGUGUUAAGGCGGAGAGGAGCAGAGAAGAAGGAGGAGGAAGAUGCUGAUGCUGAGAAACAGGAGCCGGGGAAAACGGAGGGAGAAGAUGCUGCCAUGUACGAGGAGGAACUGGACCCAAGAAUACAGGAGGAGCUGGAGCAUCUUAACCAGGCCAGUGACGAGAUCAACAAACUGGAGCUGCAGCUGGAUGAUGCCAGGUCCAGCUACAGGAGGAUUCUGACUGACUCUGCCAGGAAACUCAACACUCAAGGCUCUCAGCUCGGCGCGUGCAUUGAGAAGGCGAGGCCGUACUACGAAGCCAGGAGACUCGCCAAAGAGGCCCAGCAGGAGACACAGAAGGCCGCUCUGAGAUAUGAGAGAGCCGUGUCCAUGCACUCUGCUGCCAGAGAGAUGGUGUAUGUGGCAGAGCAGGGCCUCCUGGCUGACAGGAACACCAUGGACUCAACAUGGCAGGAGAUGCUGAACCACGCCACAUCCAAGGUGAACGAGGCGGAGGAGGAGCGUCUCCACAGUGAGCGGGAACACCAGCGCGUCACACAGCUCUGUCAGCAGGCGGAGGCUCGGGUUCAGACCCUCCAGAAAUCCCUCAAGAAGUUCAUCGUCAAGUCCAAGCCGUACUUUGAGCUCAAAGCCCAGUUCAAUCACAUUUUGGAGGAACACAAGGCUAAAGUUAUACAGCUGGAGGAACAAGUGGCCAAAGUGAAGACGCGCUACUCUGUUGCCCUGCGCAACCUGGAGCAGAUCAGUGAGCAGAUCCAUGCGCGGAGGGGGCAACUCAGGGCUAGCAGGGCACAUCCUGCAGUCUGUGGGGGGCGGAGCUCCCCCGUCGGCGCUGAGGCAGAGAUCAGAAGCGCCGCCGGAGUUAACGUCGGUAGUUGUAUGGCAGUUGGCGGGAUAGAGACGGACUGGGUGGACAAUGAGAAAACUCGGCUGUGGGUGGAGAGGCACAGAGAGAGUGGCUGGGGUCAGAGGGAGCAGCUGGACACCGGCUCGGACCGCAUGUCCGUCAUCAGCCUGCAGACCAUCGCGUCUGACCUGGAGAAGUGCGACUCGGUGGAGCAUCUGUGUGAACUGAGUGACGCUGGGAGCAUGCUGUGUGAAGACUGGAGGCACAUUAAAAAGCCUCACACGACACCGGUCAGCAGGGAGGUGGCGACGGUGACCGUGGGGCUGCAGCAGGGGAAGGUCCAGCAAGAGAACAGGGAUCAGUUCGCUAAAAAGAACCAGGAGAGCUUUGUGAAGCAGCACCAGAGAAGUGUCAGUCUAUGAUUGUUGAAACGACGAUGAGUAUGUUGGUGUUCAGAGCGAGCACACAGUCAUUCUUCACGCCAAGUUACUUGCAUGAAACACAUCGUUGGAUCUUUUUUGUUGUUUUAUCGUAAACACACGACCUAAACAACCAACUCAUAACAGUGCAAUAGCCAUACACCACAUCUCUACUCUACUACCCUACAUUUUUCUGAGGACUUAAUGGUCUCACUUGCAAAGUUUGGGUUUUAUUCAGUUGCACAGGGUGUCCGUUUUGUAAAUUAUGUUCCCAUUUUAGAGGAGAAUAAAUGACAAAGUGUAUCGUCCAAUAGGAGCCUAGUUGCAGGUGUUGCUUCUCUACGUUCGUUUUUACGACAGCCAAAUUGUGAUUCUGGUGGCUUCAACGCAGAAGUUCAAAUUCCGACUGCUUGAAUCAAGUGACGCACUCUGAUAUCCGAAAUAACUUCAAGUCACUAACAUGACGUCACGCGUGGCGCACAUCUUCACGUCGUGGUAUUUGCUGGAUUUGCAUCACCUGCUGUGACUCUGGCUAAACUGGCAUCUCCUCGCGUUGGCUGUUUGUGACGCGUUCAGUGUCAAUGUUUGAGGGAUCAAAGAGUGAGAUCCUGAGUAAGUAGAUAGAAAAUAGUGGAGAGGCUGAUUGAGUCUGACUUUUUUGUUUUAUUUUUACAAUAGCACUUUUGAGGAAAACUACAAAGACUAAUUUACCUUUUGUUUUUUUUAGCAAAAACUAGAAACCUUGUUGCUCAUAAUGCUUCUUAUGUUGUAACUUGAUACAUUUUAGCAAUGUUUACCAUGUCUCUGAAGGUCAAGCAAGUCACAUCUGUUAUUUAAAUAAACUCAAGUGAUAUAAAAAGGCAUUUUUAUACCUAAAAUAAUAUGAAUAGAUUCAAGAGACUGAAGAUUCUGGCCUCAGUUGUACUAAGUUGAUGAUCGUAGAACCUAAAACUAAUGCAGUGUUUUGCAAUAAUUCCCUCAAAAAGACAAAAUUUCCUCAGAUAGGUCUUCUAAUGGAUAUAGAUGAAGAAUUUGUACUGGCGGUAAAAAUAUGAUCAAAUAUGAUUUUAGAGAAGGGAUGACGUAAAAAGAGUUGAGUGCACGCAAAAUCUAAAUAAUUCAGGAAAACUUUGCACUGAUGAUGAUUAUUUCAUUUGUGCAUAGAUGAUAAAUAAGAUUAAUUUAUUUUACUACCUAAAUAGCAAGUGUCUUAUGUAACUUAACUGAAAAGAUUAACGCUGAAGUCAAGACGUCAAAGUUGGGAGACACGUAAUAUUUUAACAAUGAAUAGUUUGUCGUCUUAACUCCUUAUUGUCCUCUAUUUUUUCUCCACUCUUCCCACAGUUUUGAUAUAAUUGUUAGAAAAGCCCAGCAGUGCCUCCUGUUGGACAGAAUAAGUAAUAACUCAGUGGACAGGCACAUUUCUCUCUUAAGUUAUUACACUGUGUGUGUGUGUGUGUGUGUGUUCAUCGCUUGAAUUCACUGACUUUAGCUUUUGUGGUGUUCAUUGACACGGUGGUGAAUAAGCUAAUUGUCCGCCAUGACUCAGCUGUUUUCUGCUCAGUGUUGUCGUUUGAGUGAACCUGCAGCCAAACAUGAUUUACUGUAUGCGGUUGUUUGACGAUGUCCCGGCUGAAUGAUACUGUGAUUUGCAGGGUUUAUAUGUUUCACUGCAUUAAGCACAUAAGUAAUUUACUAUUUCUGUUCAUCCACAGACAACACACACACGCCCUACGUUAAAUAAACAGUCUGAUUCUAUAACCUGAGUCACUGUCGUCCACUGUGAUUUAGAGAUUGAGAAUCACACUGGUACAAUACUAUGGUUUGUAAUCACACCCACACAUUGAUAAAACAUACAGAAACCUUCUCCACCAUAUAAUUAUGAGGUGUUUCAUGGAGCCCUUUGCAAUUUGAAGCCCUGUGAAAAUAAUAAUUAUUUGUCAUGGAGCUUUCAAUCUCAUUGUAAUGUAGUUAUCAUUCUAUAUUUGUUCAUCUACACACAUACUAUACAUAUUGUAUAUUAAUACACUUACUCCAAAGCUAAAUAAAAACUUAUUCAAAAAACA